AUGGACGACAUCCAGCAGCAGGAGCCUAUUUUUGACCAGGCUGUCGAAUGUGAAGAUCUUUUCGCUAAGCAAAUCACAGCCUUCAAUGAUGAAGGCGAUGAAGAUGCAACAAAGAUUCUUUCGGACAUUCACCAGAGGUUUACCUCCUGGGCGGCGUUUCUGGGUGUUUUCGCCGAGUCGAAUGUGUGCUUGGACCGGCGGUUACGGCGGCACAUCGAUAUCCAAGACCAGGUACUUCGCCUGUUGGAUAUCAUGCGGGAAAAUCUUGCUUGUUUAUCUGAGAAGCAGUCCUCGUCUGCACCACACGAGGCCGCGACAUCAGAUCCCUCAUCUAGACCUCUUCUCGUCUAUCCCCAAAGCCUAGAUGCUAUAUCAGCUGCCCUUGACAGACUGUGCCAGCUGGGCACCGCUAUCCGUCGGUCAUCGGUGACCAGCCAGGUCUCCAAGGCCCGGGAGCUUGCCGAGACAUUCGACCUUGGAUCCUUUGAGCAACUGGCAUAUAUGCUACUCAGGACACACUAUCCUGAUGCUAGUAGUCCACUUCUAGAUCAGCUUACGCGAUCAAUGGUGGAGUCAUACGCACUAUUUCUCCUCCGCAGAUCCCGGAAAACGCGACUGAGCGUAGCCAGAACGCAGCACACGCCCAGGCCGUAUCUACACACGAUCCGAGAAGAGCGGGCCGACAACUCUGAUGCUUCCUGUCUCAUUGCUCCUUACCCCGAGCCCACUCACGAGGACGAUAGAGCGCCAGCGGGUGUCUCGCAACCCAUCUGGUCGCCGCCUAUGCAGCUUGUACCUCAGUCGGAGCCCACGUCGCUAGAUAGUCAGGAAUUCAAGGCACGCCUGAGAAGACUGCUCAAUCCGUCAAUAAAAAGCAAACCGGCGUCUAUCUUGGGAAAUCGGGCUUGCUAUCCUCGGCCGGGAAAGAACACAUUGACCUGCGAUUGGUGCUUCGAGCCUAUCAUGCCGGACUCGCUGGAAGGGCUCAAGUGGCAGCACCAUAUCAGUGACGAUUUCAAGCCGUAUGUUUGUGUCUCAGAGAAAUGCCUGCAGUCUCUGCCGAGAUUUGCCUCGUCGACAGAAUGGUUCCAGCAUAUGACUGGAGAGCACGGCAACGAUUGGCAUCGAGACGUCCAUGCACCAUCUUCAUGGGUUUGCCCCCUUUGUAUGGAUGAAGACGCCAGGUUUCCCGGCUCAGAAAGCCUUUCCGACCAUAUCCAGAGUUGCCAUAGUGGCACAUUCAGCGAUCAGCAAGUUAAAGCCAUUGUCCGACAGAGCAAAUUUGCUUCACCCCGACCGCCAUCUUCAUGUCCCCUUUGCUGCUUCCCAAUCGUGGAUCCGCAAGCUCAAGCGGCAUUGCCGGAAGGAAAAAGCACGGGUGAACCAUCAAAGGGACAGCAAUACAUUUCCAAGCCAGGGAAAAGUGGACCAAAACGCCUUCGGAUUGAUACCAGCCAGAAACAACCCACCGACCGUGCCAUCGAUGCCACAGUUAUUGCUGCUCAUAUGACUGCACAUCUUCAGAACAUCAUGCUUCUUACCUUGCGUUUGAUGUCGAUAGAAGCCCCUUCAGACGAGACUACCCAGAGCCAGAGCCAAGUCUCGGAGACCGAUAACCAAUCAUCAUGGGCUAGCUCGGAACCAAGGGAUCCCAACACGGAUAUGCCUGACGAUCCGGAGGGGGGGUAUCAGGGAGAUGACGACUACAGGGCGGAAUCCAAAGGUUCCUUGUCGCCCUUGCAAGAUGUCCCAGAUUCGGUGUAUAUUGACUGGAGCCACGUUUUUAUCACCCGCGACGAUACUCCUCGGGCUGAAUCGAGACAGACCAUCGUCCAAGAGUUGUUGCCAACAAUGCUCAUACCACCGGGCGAGGAUGAGCAACAGACAUGGGUACGCUUGCGGACUCGUUACCAACUGAUUGAGGAGCUCGUGCGUCGUGAGCAGAGCUUCGCAAGCUACUUGACAACGAUCGCAGAGCUCGUGUCCUCCAAAGAGUUUCCAGAGUGCCCUUCCCAGGACAUCAGCGUCAGGUUCCGAAACGCAGCCCCACUGGCACAAUUUUCUGCUGACUUUGCUAUUGAUCUCCGACGGGCGGCAGCGAGUGUAUUUCAUGGGACGGCAUGGCCACCUGCGGGAAAUGAUCAAAGCCGAGGGGCAGGGGGCUCGAUCACUUCGGCAAUCGAGAAUGACAGUAGUACAUCGAUUGGAAAUGCAUUCAUGGCACAGAAUUGCUUGUUGCAAGAGAUAUACGUUCGAUGCCUGCAAAAUCAAAAGGCUGCUACAAAGAGCCUUGAAGAACUCAAAGAUUGGGUCACAGAGCAAAGUGACUCGCUGCCAGAUCCAUUGAACUUGGAGGGCCUUCGUACAUUCCUUGAUAAGCCCAUCCGGCAUCUGUCCGAGUACCCUAAUCUGCUCAAGAGACUGCUUGAUCAUACCCCAACCGUCCAUCCAGACUGGGCUAAACUCUUUGCGGCACGCUUCAAGGUCGAAGCGAUCGUCUCUCAAGUGAAUAAUGCAAUGGAUCGGGGAAUCGUCAACAGUGCCCUCGCAGGCUCUCUACCAUCCGGAUGGCGAGAGACAUCAGAAGUCACAAGUCGAGGAACCCAAGGUUAUAUUGGCAUGUUUCAUGAGAAGGUUCGUGCGAUUAAUGAGCUGGUAUCAAACAUAGCAGCGUCUGUGAAGGUUACCGAUCGCUUCGUAAAGAAGGUUCGGCAUAUCCUCGUCGCAUUCCGGGAGCUCAUCGAUAUGUCAGAAACAGAUGAUCAUACCCUACCAGAUAGUCUGGGUAAGGUGGGCACAGUUGUCGGGAAUGUUGGUCUGAGAAAUAGUUUGGAAUAUGCCACAAAAGUCGACGUCUUGGUCGUGGAACCGUUGAAGCAGGUUUUAUCCCUGUACGGCCGCCCCGCGGUUCUUAUCGCCCAUGGCCAGCGUGUUCCAAACUUUAUCGCACUGACAGAAGCCCUUGACGAGGAGCUACCCAGGCUCUACUCACUCACCGAAAGGGUUCUGGACAUGUGCUUGCAACGGCUGGCUCAUCUCCAGGAAGCCCUGAACAAAACGAUGUAUGCUGAGCUCAGGCCCCUCGCGCGGGAAACACCAGGAAGCCUAGAGCAUCUAGUGGGGGAUUGGCAAAAAGACCUCGAGCAAGUGGACUUGCAGGUGCGAACGCUGGCAAUGUGUAACGGAUACUUGCUACCCGGUGUGCCCAUUGUUGGGUACGAAACUCCUCCCGCCAGAGAGAGCGCCCACCAAUAG